AUGUUCCGUCAUCACGGGCGUCUCUGUGCGGCGGCGGCCGCUGCAGCGGCCGCGAAAGCGGGUGAGUUGGCCAGCAGCUGCUCCUCUAAAUCGCCGUCCCUCAUACACGCGGUGGAGUCCGUUUCGCCGAUGCCGGUAUACUUGAAGCCGUCGAGCAGCCCGCAGCGCAAGGCAAGCUUUUAUUUUCCCCGUAUGCGUGAGAAGUGCCCCCCGGGCUACGCUUUCCAGCCCAGCUCGCUCGGGACUGCGUUGCCGCUGUUCAGUAUCACGUCAUCCUCGUGCGAGUACUACGCCUUACGGCUGCCGCUCUUGAAGGCUGGGUUCCGCCGUGUCCCUGCAGAGGCUCGCGACGUGGCGAGCAACCUUGUCUGGGGACGCUCGAUGCGGUUCUGCGAGAUGCUGCGCGACGGACAGCCGACCCCGCUGCUCGACUUGCCCGCUGCUGAUUCGUCUGAGCAGGCAGCUUACAUGGACAAGCUUCGCAUGGUCAACUCUCACCAGCGGUACAACCACUUCCCGCUCAGCCACGCAAACCUCGGCUGCAAGCGGGGGAUGGCGGUGAAUGUGCGCCGGGCCUUCAAGGAUGCCAUGCAGCGUACAACGACGCCAGGAGAGCGGAAGGCGGUGCAGUCGCGCUACAGCUAUAUGCCACGUACCUGGUUCUAUCCGCAGGAACGGGAGAGUUUGGUGACUGUCAUGAAGGCCGCACCGAGCAACCGGCACUUCAUCUGGAAGCCGUCUCGAGGCAGCUGCGGUCGGGGCAUCUUGAUCUCGCAAGGCGGCACGGCGCAGGCGGCGUCGUGGGAGCGCAUCAUGGAGGUGAUUGACUGUAAGGCAGCCUCUAGGGAGACUCGGCGGCUCUUCAGCAGCUACGUUGUGCAGGAGUACAUUGAGAAUCCUCUUCUCGUGGAAGGUCGGAAGGUGGAUCUGCGGCUGUAUGUCGCUGUCACCUCCUACAACCCACUCACCGUCUACUGGCACGAGGAGGGGCUGGUGCGCUUUGCAGCUGAGCCGUACAGCGACGCGACUAGCUCAUCAUCCCCGGGCAUCGACGGUGGCGGGAUGGAGGUGGGCGACGGAGUCGGUCUACCCGGCGCUCUUAUCGAUGGCGCGAGACCCGAAAGCGCUGCUUCUCGCAAUAGGGGCGACCACAACAGCGACAGUGCGGCUCCGUCGGAUCACUGCGCAAAGCACAUGCACGACCGUUUCCGUCACCUGACAAACUACUCGGUUGGCAGGCGUUACGUUGCCAUGCAUGGCCACGGCCGUUCCGUGCUAUCCUUGCCGACGGAAACUAACGCGGUUGACGGGGAUGCAGCCGCACCUGCGCUCAAAUGGUCUAUCCAGCGGCUGUGGGACUACAUUGAUGCCCGCGGUGACAGUACUGUGACGAGCCGAACGGGGGUGGCACCGGCUCGCCGCCCCUCCGAUGCGGUGCGCGAGGAAAUUGCCCAGCUGAUCACACGCACGUUGAUGGCGGUUCGGCCUGUCGUCGACGACGCCGUCCGCCGUGUGCCGAUGCCGGGCAGCUACUUUGAGCUCUACGGUUUCGAUGUCAUGCUCGAUGCCAGCCUCAACCCGUUUCUCAUUGAAGUUAACACGCUGCCGUCACUGGAGAGCAGCUCGGCGUUCGACUACGCCACCAAGACAAACGUGGUGGCUGACCUGCUCAAUUUGGCCAUGCUAGAGCCGUUCGAGAGGAAGAUGGCACCAGGUAGCACGCUCUGGAACUCGUCCCAGCUGCGCGAGGAUCUACACGGCCCCCUCGCAGCAAAGGAUCGGGGGCUUUUCCACGCUGCGGAGACGGGUGACGUCGAUGUGGUUGCUUGCGGCAACGCUGAUGGAGCCCGCGAGGACGUGGAGCUGCGCAUGAGGGACGAACUUGCCUAUGCCCGCGGCUUCCACCGCAUCUUCCCCGCGAAGACGCUUUCAGGGACGUCUUCACAGCGGAUAAAAAUGGAAAGCUCAGCCAGCUUCUCGGGCUUGUCAGCACCACCGACUUUGCACCAGCCACUUGACUCGUUGGCGAUGUGCCCCUCCUACCUGGCUGACUUGCACGCGUAUGAGUCACAGGGCCUUCUCAGCGAGGAGGAUACGUGGGCAUUGGCGGCGUGA